AGGAGUACGUCAGAGAGACAGAAUGGCGGUGGCAGGGUGAGAGGAGAUAGUGGGAGAGCCAUAUUCAGCGUCCGCAGAAGUGUGGAAGCGGCGAGUGUUUCAACCGUCGUCUAAAACAUGGCCAGUAACAUCAAUAUGGAGAGACAACACAGUAAAGGAGGCGAUAGGCGGCACAGUGGCGAUGUUCCUGCGGAGAGUUGUGAUAUUUUGAAGCAUUUGUUGCCAGCCGCGGUCGCAUCCAGCCAAGAUGGCGAACAAGCCGUAUGUGAAGGACUAGCGUCUGAGCAAGAAGCUACCGAAAGACGGAGGAGCGGGGUGUCGGAUCUGAGGCACAACAAUUCUCCCUCAACAUACCAGAGACCUUCCGAUGAACUGCCACGGUUAAACUUUCAGAUCCCAAGGAAGAGCAAAGAACGGAAAGCGCUGUUCCAGGGCCUGGCCCCGGGGUCGCGCGAGUUCGAGGACGUGGUCAAGAUCCUCUCCUCCUGUUACCGGGACGCCUCCUCGGCCGGGACCUUCUCCUACAGCAAGGCCCGACUCGUCCACAGCGAGCUCCUGGAGAAGGAUUUCGUCGAGAAGAAAAGGGAGUUAAAACAGGAUGGGCGGGCAGACAAGGAGCUGGUGGAGUCCUACUGCUUCCUGCUGCCAGACCCCGCCAAGCUUCAGUGGAUCUGUGAGAAGGGCCUGUCUGUGGGACACACGCGGAUCACCGCGCUAGGGAAUCCGGCUAUGGGUGUCUAUCUGUCCAAAUACUCGGAUUUGCUCCAAAUCAAUCCAUUUGACUUGGGUGCCACGGGCGAUAUCAUUAUAUUCAAAGUUAUGAAGGGGAAGGUGAAAAGCAUAUAUGAGAACAUGUCCAAGAACCCGCCGGACCCCACGCCCAAGUUCGACUGCCACGUAUCGAAGAGCGCCCCCAGGGUGACGUCCCUGCUGUCCUACAGGGGGUUCGAGCUCACGCAGCAAUACUUCUACGAGUACUCCUUCGACGAAAUCAAGAACCGCCCCCGUCACGUGUGUCCGUACGCCGUGGUGUCCUUCCUGUACAAGGGCAAGGAGGCCACGCCCCCUCCCAAACCCAACGCCCCCCUCAGUUUCAGGUCAAACUGCAGCUCGUCUGAAGGGCACAAAGCCAGGAGCAGCUACACGGUGUGGUGCGGACAGCUGCUGAACGGGGGCAAGGUGCUUUACCAAGUGGGCCUGCGCUCCUCCACCCGCCCCUUCCUCCCCUUCAAACUUCCGGAGAAGCUGGAGAUCGGUACCGUGAUGAAUCUGGAGCAGGUGAAGAGGAAGAUUCCCACAGAGCUCUUCUCCUGGGACACCUACACUGGAACGCGGGAAGUGUUGAAACGUGGGAUGUACUGCAGUCUGUUUGAGGUGGAGGACAAGAGCAAACACGGCAACAGCCUGACGGCCCUGCUCCAGAAGCUGGAGAGGGAGAGGAUGGUUCUGGUCAACCCGCUGCUGGAUAAGGGCUUCCUCUUCCUGCUGUCCUCCGCUCAGAUGGCCAACCCCAGCGAAAGGAGAAGUGGGUGGACGCGCUGUCUCCAGGCGCUCUUCGUCUUUCAGGAGUCGAGAGGCGUCGGUACGUUGACGUCGAGGCGGCCCCCGGCCCCGGAGCCCCCGGCGGUGGAGCCGCAGCACCCGGUGAUGGCCGAGCUGGAGGCCUUCAUCCCGGCGCUGCACUACGCGCUGAUGAAGCUGCGGUCCAGCGCGCCCCCGGAGCUGGGCUCGGGCGUGGAGCGGCAGGCGCGGGACUACCUGUGCGGGCGCAGCGACGGGCAGGUGCGCCCGUACUACAUGCACGAGUACAAGCACAACCUGGACGAGCGGGACCGCCUGCACGCCGCGCCCAAGCAGAAGCACAACCUGGAGGGCGCCCUGCGCUCCUACAUCUACCGGCCCGACGUCUACCUGCUGGCCGUGGCCCAGGCCCGCGCCAUGGUGGACGGCCUGCGGAGGGCGCCGGAGUACAGCCCCGUGUCGGACUGGGAGGGCUCGGACGGGCAGGGCCCCGGGGGGCCCGCGGCCCCCGGCCCCGCCCCGGCCCCGGCCCCGGCCCCGGCCCCCGCCCCCGCCCAGGCCAACGGGGCGCACGGCGCGCAGGCCGACAACGACCCCGAGAAGAUGCGGGAGCUGCUGAAGCUGAUCCAGAUGUGGAAGAGGAACGAGGGGGAGGCGCGCGACGGCCGGGAGGCGCGGGAGGAGGCGCGGGAGCAGCAGCAGCAGCAGCAGCCCUGGGAGGCGCGCGGCCUGAAGAGGAAGCUGGAGGAGGAGGCCGCCGCAGCCAGCACCUUCAAGUACCUGAGGAGGGCCUCGCUGGACAACGGGGAGCACAGCCGGGAGGACGAGGGCCCGUCGCCCCCCUCCCUCUCGGCGGUGAUGACCUGCAUGGGUAUCCGCGACACGGACCUGCGUAAGGACGGCGGCCACAGCACGUCGCGCCUGAUGGAGAUGCUCGCCACGCUCAACCAGGCCAAGAAGAGGGCCGCCGAGGCGGCCGCGGACGGGCCCCCGCGCGGGCCCCUGGGCGGGCCCCUCAGCCCCGACGCCGGCCCCAGCGAGCCGCUGCGCUACGACACCAUGAUCAAGCUGGACCUGCCCGCCCGCGGGGACAUCGACCUGCGGAACCCGGGCGGGGAGGAGGGCCAGGACGACCUGGAGGAGCAGAUGGCGGGCAGCAUGAGCAGCCUGGAGGUGUUCAGCCCGUGCUCCAGUAACGAGCAGCACCGCCCUGCGGAUAAUGAAGGACAGAUGCCCUGGUUCCUCAUCCCCAUCACCGGUAUAAAGACGGAGAAGUACUGCCUGAGAGGAGAGGACAACCCCCAAGACCCGCGCUGCCUGCACAACCCCGCCGGCUCCGGCCACGGCUCCCCCGAGAAGCCCCUCGGCCCCCUCGCCCAGCCCCCCGAGGACGGUCACAUGGCCCUCGGAGAGGCCGAGGAGGCGAUGGAGGAGGAGGUGGAGGAGGCGGAGCAGGAGGCGCUGCGGGCGAGAGGAGGCCCGGAGCCCCCUCUCCUCCCCGCCCCGGAGGCGGCCUCGCCCUCGUUGGACAGCAUCAUCGACGAGGCGCUGGGGCACUUCUCGCUGGGCAUGCGGGACAUUCUGCGGGAGGGCCGGGUGAGCCACGGCCCCGAGCCCACCCCCAUCCCGCUGGAGCCCCCCCGGCGGCUGUGGGCCCCGGGCGUGGCCUUCUCCGAGUACAUCUCCCACUACACGUCCUCCGUCCCCAUCCACGGCUACGUCGCCACGCUGUGCCAGCAGAUGAGCAGCCUCGUGCGCCCCCGGGAGGAGCCCGGCUGCCCUGCUCCCGACGCUGUGCAGCCGUGCCCUUCCCCAGCCCCUGUUCACGCACCUGCGCACACCCCUACCCCUGUGCCUGCCCACACCCCUACCCCUGUGCCUGCCCCCACCCCUAAUCCCGGUCGUGCCUCUUUACUCUCUCACGCCUCUGUACCUGACCUCGUCCCGACUCCUGCCCCUACCCCUACCCCUACCCCUACUCAUACCCCCUUACCUACUCACCCCUCUACCCACGCCCCUGUACCUGCCCCCGUCGCGACCCCUGCUCCCACUCGUGCCUCUUUACCCACUCCCGCCCCUACUCACGCCUCUGUUCCCGUGUACAGUUCGCCUGACACCCUCCCUCACGCCUCUGCUCACCCUCCUGCUCUCGGCCCCGCGCCCACCCUGGUGCCCGCCCCUGCCCCGGCGACGGUACCCGCCCCUCUCCCCGACCCGUCCCCCGCCUCCCUUCCUCUGGCCCCCGCCCUGAGCCCGGCGGCUCCGCCCUCCUCCUCCUCCUCUUCCCCUUCCCCUUGCACUGCGCCCCCGCCGGCCAAGAUGCGGGCCUCCCCGCCCCCCAGACAGGCCCCGCACAGUCUACCUCACCUCGGCCCCGCGAAAGAGCAGGGGCCCCCCAGGAGGACCCCCCGGCCGGACGGGGCCCGGGCCGGCACGGAGCUGGAGCCGGGCGGGAGGCAGCCCCCGCUGGCCGAGGUCCCCCUGGCCCAAAGCCCCGGCCCCCCUGACUCUGGUCCCGCCUCCAUCAGCAGCCUCAUCAGCCAGCUGAAGCCGGAGGUGUUCAGCAGCCUGGUGGAGAUCAUCAAGGACGUGCAGAAGAACGCCGUCAAGUUCUACAUCCACACUCAGGAGGAGGAGAGCCCCGUCUGCCAGGAAAUCAAGGAGUACCUGAUAAGACUGGGGAAUGUGGAAUGCAACCCUCAGGCCUUCCUGGAGAGCAAGAACAACCUGGACAAGCUGCUGAUCAUCAUUCAGAAUGUGGACAUCGCUGCUCACGUCCACAAGAUCCCGGCGCUGGUGUCUCUGAAAAAGUUGCCGUCCGUGAGCUUCGCCGGGGUGGACAGCCUGGACGAUGUGAAGAACCACACUUACAACGAGCUGUUUGUGUCGGGAGGGUUCAUCGUGUCCGACGAGUUCGUCCUCAACCCAGACUUCAUCACUUACGAGAGGCUACACAAGUUCCUGAAGAUGUUGGAGAAGCAGAGCAGCCCAGAGAACCUGUGGCAGUGGAAGGUCCACUGUAAGACCCAGAAGAAGCUCAAGGAGCUGGGCAGGUUGAACAGCGAUGCUCUGAGCCUGCUGAACCUCCUCACCACCUACCAGAAGAGGCACCUGGUGGAGUUCCUGCCCUACCACGAGUGUGACGCUCCGUCCCGCCACGCCCCGGACCUGGACUGCCUGAUCCGACAGCAGGCCCAUCACACCCAGCACCGCCACAUCCUCUUCCUCACAGCAGAACGGCGGUUCGAGAUGUUCCCACACUACUCCAGCAACGGCAUUGUGAUCACGAGCAUCGACGAUGUCAUGAACAGCUUCCACAGCCUCAUUGGUUUCCACGACAACGCAGAGGAGCCCCCCGCCUUCGACAAUCACCCUCCCCAGACUCCCCCUGCAGUGCUGAAGGACGAGUGUGUGGAGGAGGAGGACAUGUCUCUGGACUCUGAGGACGACGCGGCGGUGAUCGAGGAGCCCGGCGCCCAGGGGCCGGACCGGGGGCCGCCGGGGUCUCUCCCGCCCCCGCUGCCCCAGGCCCAGGAGUUCAGACCGCCGCUCCCCGAACACGAGCACCUGUCCUUCCUGCCGCCGGCCUCCGGCGAGACGCCGCUCGACUUCCAGGCGCUGAAGUCCGCCAUCUCGCUGUUCAAGGCCUCCGCCGCCCAGCGGCCGGCCGGGGACUACGAGGGCGGCGCGGGGGGGUCGUCCCCGGGCGCCUUCAACGUCAACCCGCACCAGAGCUUCCUGUGCCCGGCGGCCCUGCCCGCGCCCUACCCGGGCCUGCCGGCCUACCCCGGCUCCCCCUGCAGCGUGGCCCCGGAGAGCGAGCCGCGCCCGGCCGCGCUGCGCCAGGACCGGACCGGCCACGGCCCCGGGGGCCCCUCCCUCGGGGGCCCCUCCCUCGGCACCGGCGGGGCCCUUUACCUGGCGGCGGGGGAGGCGGGCGUGGCCCCGCACGGCUGGGCCGGGGCCCCGGGCGGGGUCAGCAGCGCCUGCGGCACGCCCACCAGCCAGGACGACGGGGCCCUGGGGCCGGAGGCCGCGCGCGGGAAGGGCCCCACGCCCGGCAGCGGGAGCAGCGCCUCGGGGACUCCCAACAGCCAGGGAGGGGCCACGCCCAGCGGCGCCGGAGCGGCCCGGACCAGCAACCCCGGGGGCAGCAGCACCCCCAGCAGCCAGGGCAGCCUGACGCCCGGGCCCAGCAGGGCGGUGGAGAGCCAGGCCGCCCCGACGCUAACCCCCGCCCCCGCCAGAGGGGGCGCUCACGGCCAGGGGCUGCUGCCCCUCCCCCCGCCCCAGGGCGCCGGCAGCGUGAACGGGCGGGGGCGGGGGGGCGGGGGACCGGUGCCCGCCCCCUUCGACGGCGCGUGGGGGAACGGGGCGGGGCCCGUCGCCGUGGGCUACAGGGGACUGGUGCCCGGCAGGUCCAGACCCAGGGGCUGCAGGGAGAUGAGGGGCGGGGCCUGCAUUCGGGGCUUCCCCCUGGGCAGGGGCCGGGGCCAGCCGGGCGGGUACUACUCAGACUUCACACAGGACACCUACCUCUCCUGGGGGGAGGAGCAUUGGUCCCCGGGGGACGCCUACGGCACUCACAGAGAUGGCUAUAACGGCUGGUGAGACAGCACCGAAUGUACAUAGUUAAAUCUUCA